AGGGGAUGUGUUCGGGCCUCUUUUUUAACUUUUGAAAUAUGUUUAAAGGUCUCUCAAAAGGUCCAUAAAGGGUGCGUAUGUCUAAAAAUCAAACCGACUAUCGCUUCUAGGGGAGUUACGAUAGCGAAUGGAGGAGGGGAAUGAUGAAGCGCCUGUAUGUCAACAAAAAGGUGAAAAACUCACAGAAAAGUGUUAACACUUAAGAGAGUAGUUCUUGGACCUCUGUUCCUUUACGGACCUUUCUUUACCCCUAACUCUCUUCUUCCGUUCACUUACGGAAUUUUCCGCACAUAUUUUCGGUGGUAAUUUUUUUUUCUCUUCUUAUUUUGCUAUCUGUCAGAGGGGCGCGUUUUCGGCGCACCAAGGGGGCGUAUCUGCCAAUGGCAGAUUGGCCUUAUGGCUAGUCCGAGCCUGUUUAAACCCAUGUAAUAGUAUCGAUAAACAGAGUAUUCGUAAAGAACACUUUAAUAGUCUAUUCUUGACCAUAGCUUUAAAUGGGGAAAUAUCAAUAAUUGAUCAUUACGCCACUAAGAUAGGAUAGGAAAAGUAUUUCCGAAUCGAAAUAUGGAGUCUAAUCGGUUAAAAUUACACAGCGGUAUGGUAAGCUUAAUCCAAGUCGUGUGUUAGUUAAGCUCUGCCACCAAAUAUUUCUCCAAACUUUCCUCGCAUGGAAAACUUUAUCUCUGAGGAAAAACUGAAAAAAUUCCGAAUGCAGCUUACAGUUACACAUUCAGUCUUUGUUUUGUGGACCUGAGCAUUGAUUAGGAUAAUUUAUUUUUCUGGGCCAUGUGUAGAGUUCAAGCCGUUUCAGCAUUCUUUCUAUCAUCCCUACCUCUCCCUCCGUUUGCAAACUAGCAGUCAAUUUUUCCGCAUGCAGUUUCCAAAUUUUUUUUCGUUUCCUUGUGUCCCGAUGAACUGUCAAAAAAUUAAACAUGCGGAACACACUCACGUCAAGAGUAUUUAUGUAAUAGGGUGUAUAAGGUUACAUGAAAAUAUUUUAAAUGCAAUUUCAAGGCCUGCCCUGGUCAUAAAUUUCACUGACUCAAAUCGCGUCACAGAACUGUGAUCUUCGUCCUCUACAUAUGCUAUCUCUCUAAUUCUGAGGCUUCUCUAUUUCAGUGCUCAGCUAUCUCCAUAACUCCCGAAAAAUUACCAACCAAAUUUUCCGGCUACAAUUUAGAUUCAGGUCUGCAUCUUAGUGCCUCAGUGAGUGCGAAAAGAAUUAAAAGAUUAUCAAAGAAGCUAAUAAUAUUGCAUGCCACUUACUUUUUGCUUACUCAAUCAAAAUCAAUGCCCGGUGCUUUGCAAACAUAUCUCAGAUAAAAAAAACUUUAUCUUUGAUUUUAUUUUUACAUUUCAUAAUCGAAGAAACUUUAAACGGGAGUGAAACGCAUGAAAGAUUGCGGUUAGUAUUGGAAUUGUGUUCGAUUCGGUUUCAUCGAUCUGUGAUACCUAAAACGAAGCCAGUGUUGUCCGAUUGUUGAAGUGAGGGCCUUUCCAGGUCAUGUUCUAUAGAUUCAGCUCAGUUUACAGAGCUUUGAUCCUUGUGUUUGUUAUGUUUUGCCUGUUCUUUUAUAUGUUCGCAAACAUCAAGCUUGGUCAUGUGAAACCCAAGAAACACAGGGUGUCCCGAGACAAAGGGUACCAAAAUUCCCGGGCUCCGUGGUGCUAUAAACUACCACAAGAGGACGACGAGAUCCUCGACAUAUCAGACUACCCCGUGAAACCUAACAGCAUUUUUUUCGUGGAAACAUCCUGCCGGCAUGGAAAUAACCUCGGUCUGACGGUUCGGCAAGCCUGUACUUAUGAGUCGACCGCCAGAGCGCACCCCAACUCGGAAAUUCUGAUUUUAUUUCCAGCCCCUGUUUUUCUGGGCGAGGAUCCCUUGCCCCAUAUAAAAGAAGUCUUAUCCCUUCCGAAUUUGAAACUGUUGCGUGUGAAUGUCGAGAGGUAUAUGAAGGAUACGCCUCUUGAAAACUUUGACUUUGUGACGAAAAUGGGGAGGAGUAAAUUCUCGAUGUCGCAUGCAUCCGACUAUCUACGCUUUGUGACGUUAUGGAAGUAUGGCGGGACAUACCUGGAUUCUGAUUUUAUCGUGAUAAGGCCUUUGAAUUCAAUCGACAACUUCAUCGCCGCGGAAGACGAGAACCGAGUCAACGUUGCCGUUUUAAACGUCAAUAUCUCCUCUGAAAUUGGAAAAUAUGCUGCUGAAGAGUUCUUAAAAGAAUCUAUCCGCAGAUUCAACCCGAGAGAAUGGGCUGAGAAUGGGCCCGGGUCGGCGACUGGAGUCAUCAAGAGAAUCUGCAAAGAAACUCGAACUCGCAGGAUGACGCGGGAAAAAUGUAAGGGCUUCACUGUGUACACACCCCCGCCAGAGUCGCCAUUCUAUCCGACUGCCUUGAAGUGGAGGUUCUUUUUCAACGAAUGGGUGGACUGGAAAUACUUCGAUAAGAUCAAACGGGAGUCUAUAGCCUUACACAUGUUGGGUCACCUUUCGGACACGAAGCGCAUUAAGAAGGGCGCCAGGAAGCCGUACGACAUUCUCGCCCGGGAGUUCUGCCCGAAAGUUUACGCCACCAUCAAAAAGUACUAUUGACGUCAUCCAGAUCCAUGACGUAAUGCAGGAUCUGAAACUGCGGACGAUUGACUCAGGCUAUGACGCUGCUAGAUGACUGGCAUCAAAUCGGGUCACAUGAUCAAACCGUGCUAUUAGUACGUACCCAGGUGACAAAAGGGCGUAACCACACAUGAUAUGCGCCGUGAAAAGCAUUAAAUUGUAUGAACGACAGGUUUCAUUGUUGAUUGUACUUUUGCCCUUAUGCAGGAGAGUGACAAAUAUAUCAAGGUCAGUCUUUGUGGGUGACUCAUUUGAUGACUUGGACCAAUCAGAACACCUGAUUUUGAUGUCCUUUUCCCGUAAGAUGAAUCAUGAAAUCCAGUAUCUCUGACGACGCAAUGCUACUAUCAGUGGCGUGGCGUGCUUUGCGAGAUAUCGAUUGAUCCACCAUUUAAACCUAUGGAAAAGGAUCGAUAUACAGGGUGUCCGCAGCGAACGCUCUAACAAUCGAUUACUGCCUCAGCUCAAAUGGGGAAAUAUCGAUAAUCGAUCAUUCACGCCUCGCCACUGGCUACUGUACUGAAAUAAUGACCAGAGCUGAGUCAUGUUAUAUUCUAGAUAAAAGAAAGUAACUCUAUUUCUACGUUUUAAAACUUACGGCCGUGGUUCGUUUUUGACUUGGAAACAUUUGGAAAUUUUUGAUUGAAGAUUUUAAUAAUUUCCCUGCACGUUGUAGGAAAAUGUGAGCAAAUUUUGGGAAAAAACUGAUCGUGUGUCAAAAAAAAACCAUUGAAGUAAUUUUUGCUAUCCUAGAAUAUUAAUCUGCGUCCUUUUGUGUAGGAAACAUAAAGUCCGUCCGCUGGGAGGAAAAACUUGAUCUCCGAAAAAAACCUCCAAAUCGCGUUUUUAAUACCAGGGCAUGAAAGGGUGUACCACAAACGUUUGGAGACUAAAAUUAUCCAAAAAUAUUAAUACCGGGCUUAUAGUGGUUUAAAUUGUUUUGUUGAGAAACGUAGUUGAGAAAAAACUACUUAAAAUUCUACUCUGGCAUGCCUGGCACUGCAUUCACAGAUUGUAAAACAAACUUACAUUAUCUUUAUUUGCAUGUAAAUGAAAUAAAUAGCUCAAAUUUUUCUUUAAUAAAAUUGGAAGAGUUUCCCGAUGUUUAAAAGGUUGAUUAUCCGACCUAUAAUUGAAUAAUAAUUUUUUAUUAUGAGUAAUAAGCUGUGAUAACGAUAACCGAAUGUAACGAGUGCUAUGUAUAUGUGAUUAUAAUAUUACGAUUUCAAAUGUCCAAGUAAUUGAAUACCUUUGAUAAUGACACUAUGUGUUGAAAUGCAUAAACUGAAUAAAAUAAAACAAUUUUAUGUGCUAAA